CUGGCCGAAAGACUCCGAGAGCGCGGACACCGUAUAGUGUUUGCCGUCGACGCCUCCUAUAGGGGGAAGUUAGUGGGCUUUGGGUUUGAGGAGGAGAUCAUCGAGUUUUCGGUCACCAAAAAGUCUUCAGACAUCGAAUCAGACCCACAGGAAAGCCAAUCGCUGAUCGAAUCGAGAGUUCAAGUACUGCUUCGGUCGGGAAUACUGUCGGCAAAGUCUUCGCGAGAAAAGUUAGAGAUUCUGUCCGGCGAUGGAUUCCUCAGCAGAAUUGUGGAUAAAGUGAUUGCAAACGAACCCAUACUUAAGGACAUCAUUGCCAGAGUGAGGCCCGACCUCUAUAUACUCGACCAUUUGGUGGGUCCGCCGUCACUCAUCUUCUCGGACAAGCCCUGGGUUUUUAUACUCAGCGCUAAUCCCUUAUCCGGUAUUCACGACACCAGAACUCCGCCUAAUUUUUCCGGUUACGCGGCGUCGGGCGACCAGUCCUUGUGGCCAGAGUUUAGGGAAAGGGCUGAUAACGCCUUCGCUCAUCACAACCAAUACUAUAACCGAUGGCUGAAAGCAAACGGCUAUCCGACCAUCGAUAACAACCUCUGUAUACCAGAGUCACCGCAUCUAAACCUCUAUGGCUUUCCCGAAGAACUCGAUUACACAGACAUUCGGCCGAAUCCUAAGAACUGGUUCCGAAUGGACUCAUUCAUGCGAUCCGAUGACCACCAGGAGCUCAAACUGCCCGAUGGUUUUCACCUCAAAGGCCAGAAACUAAUAUACCUAUCGUUGGGUUCGAUGGCCUCCGUAGACGUCCAACUCAUGAGCCGUUUGGUCGCCAUUUUGGCAAAGAGUCCGCACAAAUACAUUGUCUCGAAGGGAGUUCUCGGCCACCAGUACUCGUUGGCCGACAAUAUGUGGGGCGAGAAGUGUGUGCCGCAGACCCGAGUGCUGCCGAUCGUGGAUCUGGUCAUAACACACGGCGGAAACAAUACUAUAUACGAAGCGUUCAGUUUUGGCAAACCUAUGAUAAUAAUGCCAUUAUUUGCCGAUCAGUUCAAUAACGCUCAGAGAGUCCACGAAAAGGGUUUCGGUCUAAGACUCGAUCCGUACAACUGUUCCGCUGAAGAACUCCUCAACUCAAUCGACAAACUACUGAAUGACACGGAUUUGAAACACCGGUUAUCCGUCGCUUCAAAACGCAUACAAAACUCCGAUUGUUUUCAAAAGGCGUGUGAAUUGAUCGAGAAUUUAAAGUCAGUAGAUUCAGAAAUGGCCAAAAAGUUAACCAUAUUGUUUGCGCCGGUAGUGGGUGUGGGACACGUCAACGCCUGCAUAGGUUUGGCUGAAGUACUGCUGAGUCGGGGCCACAAAAUUGUCUUCGUUAUCGAAAAUUCAUUUGCGGGAAAGUUAUCGCCGUUUGGUUUCAUCGAAGAGGUGUUCGCUUCAGAGGAAGAAAAUAUGGGAAAACCCGGAGAAAGUGAAGCCAAGAGUUUACUCGAAACGGGUCUUCUCUCAAACGUUACGUCUUAUAAAUCGGCGGAAAUUAUGAUGACUUUCCCUGUGUUUGAGAUGUUGAUCGACAGAAUGCGAGCCAAUGAACCACAGCUUAAGGCUAUUGUCGCCAAACAUAAUCCCGAUGUGUAUAUCAUUGACGACUUCGCCGGUUCUCCGACACUAAUCCACUCAAACAAACCCUGGGUUUUCCUGUUUAGCGGAAAUCCAUUGUUUGUUAUACACGACGACAAGACUCCUCCCGGGUCUUCGGGUUAUCCUUCAAACGGUGAUCCAAACAAAUGGCAAGAAUUCAAAGAAUUGUUUAAAAAUAUAUUUAAAAACCAAAGCAUGAAAUAUAAUGAAUGGAUGAAAGAGGAAGCGAUUUCGGACUCGCCUUAUCUUAAUAUCUAUGGAUAUCCCGAAGAAUUGGAUUAUUUAGAUCUCAGACCACUUCCAAAGAAGUGGUUAAGAGUCGACGCAUUCAUGAGAAAGAAUGAGAAAGAAGUCUUCAAAAUUCCGGAUAAAUUCUGUGACAGAGAUAUAGAGAAAAGUAAAUUACUUUAUCUCUCAUUGGGUUCUAUGGGUUCAGUAAAUGUGGAUUUAAUGAAGAGAUUGGUGUCUAUUCUCAGCAAAAGUCAACACAAAUUCAUUGUCUCGAAGAGAGUUCUCGGAGACACAUAUGAAUUGGCGGACAAUAUGUGGGGCGAGAACUCAGUUCCGCAGACAAAAGUGUUGCCAUUAGUAGAUGUGGUCAUAACUCACGGCGGGAACAACUCUGUGACCGAAUCUUUUAGUUUUGGUAAACCAAUGAUAAUAAUGCCAUUAUUUGCCGAUCAAUACGAUAACGCACAGAGAGUUAUGGAAAAGGGAUUUGGGAUUAGACUUAAUCCGCAC